ACCUCACUGCUGCGCGCCGGAAGCAGCCCGGGCCACGGUACAGGGGCGCGGCGGCCGGACCGCGGGACCGGCGGGACCAUGCCGGUCACCGGCAAGAGUUUCCGCCGGCGCCGGGCCGACUCAGAGUCGGAAGAAGAUGAGCAGGACUCAGAGGAGGUUCGAUUAAAGCUAGAAGAGACCCGCGAGGUGCAAAACUUGAGGAAGAGGCCCAACGGGGUGAGUGCUGUGGCCCUGCUGGUGGGAGAGAAGGUACAAGAAGAGACCACCCUAGUGGAUGAUCCCUUUCAGAUGAAGACAGGCGGUAUGGUGGACAUGAAGAAACUGAAAGAAAGAGGCAAAGAUAAGAUCAGCGAAGAGGAAGACCUCCACCUGGGGACGUCAUUUUCCGCAGAAACCAACCGAAGGGACGAGGAUGCUGACAUGAUGAAGUACAUUGAGACAGAGCUGAAGAAGAGGAAGGGGAUUGUGGAACACGAGGAACAGAAAGUCAAGCCGAAGAAUGCAGAGGACUGUCUUUACGAACUUCCAGAAAACAUCCGUGUUUCCUCAGCAAAGAAGACCGAAGAGAUGCUUUCCAACCAGAUGCUGAGCGGCAUCCCCGAGGUGGACCUAGGCAUCGACGCUAAAAUAAAAAAUAUCAUUUCCACGGAGGAUGCCAAGGCCCGCCUGCUGGCAGAGCAACAGAACAAGAAGAAAGACAGUGAGACAUCUUUCGUGCCCACCAACAUGGCUGUGAAUUAUGUGCAGCACAACCGAUUUUACCACGAGGAGCUCAAUGCCCCCAUACGGAGAAACAAAGAAGAGCCCAAAGCCCGACCCUUGAGAGUGGGUGACACAGAGAAGCCAGAGCCCGAGCGGUCCCCUCCUAACCGCAAGCGUCCUGCUAAUGAGAAGGCCACUGACGACUAUCACUAUGAGAAGUUCAAGAAGAUGAACAGACGGUAAUGUGUUGAGAGCCUGGCGUGUGGGCAGCUCAAAUGCAAAACUUGCUGAGAGAUUUUCUCAUUAAGAGAUAUGGCUCCAACCUGCUGGCUGUUGGGGGCGGUGCCCGCGGUGCUGUCAUUCUCCUGAGGCACUUA